AGCAUGACUCAUGCAUUGUGGUGUUACUUUCAGCGUGAUAUUCUUUAGCCGACAUCAUUAGCCAAUCAGACAAACAAGUCAGCAUUCCCGGAACCAUGAUCACCUAGUGAUGCCUAUUAUCAUGAUAAUUAUCCGUCUGAAAUACUGGACAAGUUUGAAAUAAUGCACGUGGAAAUGUUUAUGUUUCUCCUGCUGAUGACGGAUGCAACAUGCAUCUCUGUCAGUGGCUGUCACACCAGUUUUAGUGCAGCCUACCAGGGUAACGUCACCGACUGUCAAAGACAGAAUCUCACUCAAGUGCCAUCAGAUCUUCCAAAGGACAUUGUAGGUUUGGAUUUACAAGAUAAUCUUCUCACCCGAAUAUCCAACAACAGUUUUAGCACUUUAAGUAACCUCAGAUUCCUUUAUCUGAGUGCCAAUCCGCUAAAGAUACUGCAGAGAGAUGCUUUCAAAGGUCUUGGUAAACUGGAAGUCUUGGAAAUGUCUUGUGACACGCUUUCAUUGGACACGACAACAUACCCAGAUGGACUGUUCCAGUAUUUGGUUAGUCUGAGGCAAUUGGUUCUGUUAGGAAGUAUAAAUAACGAAGGACAAUUCCCUACUGAUAUCGUCCAAGGUCUAAAAAGUCUAGAAGAGCUUCGUAUUAACUCCUGGCCUAAAGACGGAAAAUGGCCUCAACUAGAACAGUUGAAAGACACCCUCACACUUCUGAAUAUCAAAACCAUAGGUAUACCUGUUAUUGGAAACACAACCUUUCAAGCUUUGCGUGAUAUUCCACUUAAAAUAUUAAAUUUCAACAGUGUUGUUAGAAAUAUAGAAGCAGGAGCAUUUUGUCCUUUUAAGAACCUAACCAAUUUGCUAAUUGGCCUCUCGCAUGGAAGCACGACCAAGUUCGUCUCCAUAACAAGAGCUCUUCAGUGUUUGGCUGGAAGAAAUAUGGAGGAAAUAAUACUGUCUCGAGUUGUUACCACAGGAGAAAGCAGUGUGACUCUAACAGAGGAGAUGUUCGGUUAUCUUGCAGAUAUAUGUGUGAAAAAGCUAGACGUGUCUCAUAAUAAGAUUACACGAGUUGAUGAUAAUGCCAUAACCAAUUCGACUUUCGUAAGAUGUAUCGUAUAUCUAGACUUGUCUCGAAACUUGUUGAAUGGGAAAUUGCUCCCUGCUGCAAAAAAUAUGUACAUGAUGGAAAAUCUGAAAUAUCUGGAUUUGUCUCGGGGUACAAAAUUGAUCUUUUCUCUCAGUAACAAAUAUAAUACCACAAAACGAGGAGGGGUGUAUUUUCCCAUACCUCCUAAUCUAAGUUAUGUAAACCUCAGCAGAUGUUCCAGUUCUAACCAUCUGUAUAUCAGUUUAACACUGACACAAAGCGAUCAUCUAUCUGUGUUAGAUAUCUCUAGAAAUGAUCUUUUAGACAUUCCGUCAUAUUUAGAAUGCUGUAAAAACCUGAAACUCUUGGACAUAUCCCAUAUGAAGAUCAGUCAGAAUGUUUUCAACAACACCAACAUGGUGACGAAUCUCCAAAUAUUGCUUGUUCACGAUGUGACGUCAGAUGAAGACAUGUUUGUGUCCCCAUCUGAACCUUUUUUCCAUGUCAUGCCAAAACUAACAAGACUCGAUUUGUCAGGCAAUAAUCUACAACUUAUCAACAAAAAUACAUUGAGAAACUUUAACAAAUUGGAAAACCUUUCUCUUGCACGAAAUCGACUGGAUGACGUACCAGAAGAAAUCCUGAUGAUGGCUAGGCUAAAACAUUUGGAUAUGACAUCGAAUUCCCUGUCAGUCAUCAGUAAACAGCAACAGACAAUGCUCGAUGACUUUGUUGUGAAUAACGGUUCGUUCUACCUCUACCUAACAGGCAACAUCUUCAGCUGCAGCUGUGGAACUCUUCACUUCAUACAAUGGUUACUGGAAACCGAUGUCACUUUAGACUACUUUUAA